UGAUUCAGUUACCAAAUCCUUCUAUCGGGUCGACAUGGGUCCGGGUUCGCUCUCUAUAGCCUUUCCUCCUCUCUCGUCGCCGCCAAUGGCGAUCUCGUCCUGCGCCGGUCUUCACACAAAGGGCUCCAAUCUUCUUCCAGCUGCUGGAGCUGGACAAUGUAAAUACACGGGCCAAUCAGUGAGAGCUCUUCCUAUACGGAUAUUAACGGUUGGGAAAAAGCGCUCCCGUGGGGUGCAACUCGUAGUCGAUGAGUACAUCGGAAAAAUCAAGAACUAUUGCAUUGUUGAUGAUGUUCAAAUACGGUCUAAUCCUAGAAAUGCACGGUAUGGUCCCUUUAUUAUAAUUUUGUUUUGUUAGAAUAUUGAGUCAAUUAUGAAAUUCUUCAUUUCCUAUUAAUUUAAAAUUUUGAGAU